GUCUUGAAAACAUAACAAUUCAUACCUACCCACUAUUUACCAACUACCUAAGUUCCUACCUACUUAAAUCAAAAUCCAUAUUUUGUCCUAUAUUUCUGUUACUUCCAGAUUCAAAUAACGGGAAUUUCCAUUAUCUGUCAAGCUUUUUAAAUAAUCAAGCACAAGAUGUUGCGUUGGUGAGUAUUCUCUUAUCUCUUGUACAGCCACUGAUAUCAUAAUUCUGUUUGUCUCAGUUCCACGUUUGAUAGCUAACAUCAAUGUAAAAGGUAUCAAAUGAAGUUGGCAGCUCGCCCUGUCCUUACUCAAAGUAUCACAUCGGCAGUUCUUUUUGCAACUGGAGAUGUAUUGGCACAACAAUUGGUCGAAAAGAAGGGCAUCAACGAUCAUGAAAUUGCUCGCACAGGUCGCAUGGCACUGUACGGUGGUGGUAUGUACAAAGUAGCUAGAUAUAAGAUGGGAAACAGGUAUUAAUGAAUUACUUGUAGCUAUAUUCGGUCCAAUCGCUACCAACUGGUUCAAAUUCCUCCAAAAUAAGGUCGUCUUGAAGAACAAGAAUCUCGAAAUGGCAGCUCGAGUCGCAGCCGAUCAAUGUAUUGUCGCCCCUCUCAACUUGGGCUUGUUCCUUACCACCAUGUCUGUCCUCGAAGGAAGCGAUCCUAAGAAGAAGCUCGAAGCAAACUACUCUACUGCCCUUCAAAAGAAUUACAUGAUCUGGCCUGCUGUUCAAGCUGUCAACUUCAAGCUCGUUCCUCUUGAGCACAGAGUUUUGGUUGUCAACAUCGUCUCCUUGGGUUGGAACUGCUAUCUCAGUUACUUGAAUGGUCGCAAGUCGGAUAUCACAGUUGAGAAAGUGGUAGAGAAGGUCAAGGAGCUUUAAAACAUGUAUAUACAUGGUUAGAGAUUGGGUUUGGUUGUAUACUUUGGACAAGGACGAUUUCGUAGAUUUCACAAGAUCUCGACUAGACAGACUUUUAAAGGUACAGCAUCAUAUCAUAGCGAGGCGUUUAGGAUUUGCUUCAGUUAUAUUACAGAUAUAGAAGUCUAGGUCAUAUAUCAAGCAAUGCAUUUGGGAAGGAGAAAUGAAUUUCCAUGGUAUU